AUGGGACCCCCAAAACAGGAACCCCAAAAACCGGGACCCCAAAAACGGGACCCCAAAACUCGACCCCGAAACGGCACGCCGAAAACUGGGACCCCAAAAAGGGGACCCCGAAACUGGCACCCCAAAAACGGCACCCCAAAAACUGGGACUCUAAAACAGCACCCCGAAACGGCACCCCAAAAACGGCACCCCAAAACUGGACCCCAAAAACGGCACCCCAAAACCGGCACCCCAAAAACGGGACCCCGAAAACGGGAUCCUGAAAACGGCAUCACAAACUGGCACCCCAAAAACCGGGACCCCGAAACUGGGACCCUAAAAAAGGGAACCCCAAAACGGCACCCCAAAAACGGCACCCUGAAACUGAUACCCGAAAACCGGCACCUCGAAACCGGGACCCCAAAACCGGCACCCAAAACGGGCACCCCAAAAACGGCACUGCAAAACCGGGACUCUGAAACCGGGACCCCAAGACUGGAACCCUGA